ACCACGCACCCGUUCCACUUCCGCAUGAGCCCCGCCAUUAUGCUCGGGCCGCAGUGCAACCAUGACCUGGCUGUCCUGCUGCGAUUCUGCGACAUCCCCGCAGACGACGCCAACCUCCCGGGCGCGGCCCGCGUCGCCCAAGUGAAAGCAUCAAUGGCGGAAGCCAUGGGCGACCACGAGUAUUACGCCUCGGCGUACUCCUCCAAAGCGCAGCCGCAUACAGACGGGCUGAAGAUGACAUUAGCCGCGUCCCUCGAGAGAAAGGAGCGCGCAGCAUUGGCAGAUGCCGCCCGGGAAGCGAACGACGACCAGUAG